CACUAACUUUAGUCUUUAACGUGUCCACAAAGAGAACACCCGACACACAAAAAUCCAUCCACACAUAUUAUUCACAUUUGUGCAUGCAGUCCAUUAGUUUUUAAUUAAUUGUGCAAAAAAAGUUACACAUCAGAAAAUGGAACGAUUUUCCUGGCUUGCCCUUCUAACCGCGGAGAUUGGGGACAUCAUCGAAAUUCAGCGAAAGGGGGGGUUCAGCCACUGGGGAAUAUACGCCGGAAAGGAUAAAAACGAACGAGAAUGGAUUUAUAACAUGCAAGUUUAUCCGUCCGCGGGUAAAAACGCGAACGCCAAAAUUUCCGUGGUCAAAUCUGAAUUGGAGAAAGUUCUGGAAGGAAAUUUAUGUCGAGUGAACAAUUUUGAACGUCACUUUUGCACAAAAGGAAAAUCUCCUCAGGAUCAAAACGAUGUAAUAAAAGACGCCACGGGCAUGAUUGCUCAAGAUUUUAAAUAUGACGGGCAAAAAUAUAAUGCAGAAUAUUACGUAACCCAGUGCAAAUUUGGGAGAGGGAAUGGAUUUAGUGGUCAAGGAAUUGAAUCUCUGCUGGCUCCGAAAAAGCGGAAACACGGAAAAAAAUUGAUAGCUAGAGGAAUGAGGAGGAGAGAGAGGGUAAAACUUGCUCAAGAAUUAUAUGGAAAAGAAGGGAAAAAUACAAAAUGAAAUUUAAAAAACAAAAAUCCUUUGAAAAAUAUGUUGGCACUUAUGUAUGUAUGUACAUACAAUGGAACCUUUUUCAAUAAAUUAAACCAAAA